ACUUAAUAAACGUUGCUUACCCAACACUACAAAGCAGUUCAAAUACCAUGGCUGCAAAAACAUUUGAAUUAUCUGGCAACACUCGACAUAUCUAACAAUUUGCAAGCACGUGUGACGAUAUUCAAGUGACCAAAAAGAUGAAACUCGAUAAGUGUGUCAUGCGUUUUGCCAAGCUCACCGAAAAUGCUUUGGAGCCAGUGCGCGGUUCUGCAAAGGCAGCCGGCUUCGAUUUGCGCAGCGCUUAUGACUUGGUUGUGCCGGCGCGCGGGAAGGCGAUUGUCAAGACAGAUCUGCAGGUGCAAGUGCCAGAGGGUUCCUAUGGACGCGUUGCUCCACGUUCUGGAUUGGCGGUAAAGAAUUUUAUUGAUGUCGGCGCCGGCGUUGUUGAUGAAGACUACCGCGGCAAUCUGGGCGUUGUAUUGUUCAAUCACUCGGAGACGGACUUUGAGGUGAAGCGUGGUGAUCGCAUUGCUCAGUUUAUUUGUGAGCGCAUCUUCUAUCCAGAAUUGGAGCAGGUCGACAAGCUGGAGGACACUGAACGCGGCGAAGCGGGCUUCGGCUCCACCGGUGUUAAAGAAUUACCAGCUGCUAAGAAUGGCAAUGGAAAAGCACCGCUGGCUGAGAACGAGGCCACAGCCGUAUCCACAUAAAGCAAAACAACAUUUUGUACAUUUACAAAUAUGCCAUCAGUUAUUAUAAAUUUCCUAAUUUUAGGUUUAGGCACAGAAAUCAUGAAAUUCAUUUGAAACAUUCCCACAAAUUUCAUCAUAGAUCUAAGCAGAAAACCUUAAAUUUAAUAAUGUUUGUGAAACAACCAAUUUAUUUAACUAAAAUAU